UCAACAUUACACCAAAGGAGCAGAGCAUCGCCCUUCGCCCUCGGCGCGGUUUAGCUGUGGACUCGAAUCCGGCAACACACCCUCGCCCACACACCUGCCUGCCCCUCUCGGUUUUCUUCGAAGUCAAACAGAGGCAGAGCUUUGCCCUUCCUUCCCAUCGUACAGCCAGGCCUAAAAAGGCCCAAAUCCGACACUCCAAUCCUACUUCUGCUUGGUCUUUAUGAAGUUAGAGCGAGAGUGGAGUGAAGUGGAUAUUUAGAGACUUUUGGAGGUGAAGUUGGAUUUCAGAUUCAACCUCCAAUUAAGUCGGAGGGAUUUUGCGUGUUCUUUAUAACUUCUCAUUAAGGAACUAGCUGGUUUCAGAAAGCAUGGCCAAGCAUCAUCCAGAUCUGAUUAUGUGCCGGAAGCAGCCAGGAAUUGCCAUUGGAAGACUUUGUGAGAAAUGUGAUGGGAAGUGCGUAAUCUGUGACUCCUAUGUGCGCCCUUGCACGCUUGUGCGGGUUUGUGAUGAAUGCAACUAUGGGUCCUUUCAGGGUCGCUGUGUUAUCUGUGGAGGAGUGGGGAUUUCUGAUGCCUACUAUUGCAAGGAGUGUACGCAGCAGGAGAAAGAUAGAGAUGGAUGUCCGAAAAUUGUUAAUUUAGGUAGUGCAAAAACUGACCUAUUUUAUGAACGCAAGAAGUAUGGUUUUAAGAAAAGAUAAUGAUGAGCAGUGGAUAGAAAAAUAUCUGGUGCUUUUGAACUGCCUUUUCUUUUUUGGUUGCUCUGUUUGAGAUGACGACUCUUGAUAUGUUGGAACCACCUGAUGAUUUCCUUUUACGAGUAGAACCUCUUAAUGAUGAGCAUGGCAUAAACAUAUAUAUGCUGCUUUUUUAAA